AUGUCAGCCGAAAAGUCCGACGGCGUGUCGAUCGAGAAGAUCGACGUUGUCAUCAACACCACUGAGAACAUCACGCCUGCAGCGAUACAAGCACGGUUCACAACGCUAUGUGAUCUGAACGAGGACCAGAUGGCUGCGCUGAACAAGCGUGUCCUUCGGAGAAUCGAUUGGCGCAUGAUGCCCACGAUCACGAUCAUGUUUCUACUCAACUACCUUGAUCGUAUCAAUGUGUCCAACGCUCGUCUUGCUGGUCUUCAAGAUGACCUUGGUAUGAGCGAUACGGUCUGGAGUGCUGGUAUCUCAACCUUCUAUGUCGGUUAUCUUGUUGGCCAAUUGCCGGGCAACCUGGUUUUAGCAAAGUUCAAACCGAGCAUAAUUCUCCCUCCCAUGAUGAUCGGCUGGAGCAUCUGUACUAUUACCAUGCCGGCAGUCACAACUGGUGCUGGAUUUCGCAUCAUACGCUUUUUCACUGGACUGUGUGAAGCGCCUUUCUUCCCUGGAAUCACUNNCUUAGUAGAGAACCCGACUCGUAUGGCUGUCUGGCACGCUGGUAACACAAUCUCCAACAUCAUUUCGGGGUUCCUUGCUGCUGGUAUCCUCCAGCAUAUGGGAGGAGUUGCAGGACUCUACAGCUGGCAAUGGUUCUUCAUUAUCGAAGGUGCAAUCAGUAUCUUUGUUGGUGUCAUCGCAUUUUUCACCCUGCCAGAUUGGCCCGAGAACACGAGAUGGCUCUCGGAGGAGGAGAGAGAAAUGGCUCAAUACCGCAUCAUUUUCUCGAACGGAGGCAAGGAAGAGCAGGUUGGUGGUACUUGGGACGGUCUCAAAAACGCUUGCAAAGACCCUUUCACNUUGUUGUUCUGUGGCAUGCACUUCAGUCUGAUCAACGCCCAGUCCUUCAAAGAUUUCUUCCCCUCGACCUUCGGAUUUGGUCAGCUGGAAACCUACCUUGUACAGGCUCCCCCAUACGCCAUCGCAUACAUCAGUGCCUGCGCCCUCGCCUGGAGCUCUGGCAGAUUCAGAGAAUCCUGCUACCACAUCAUCAUCCCCAUUGCUGCCUCUGCCGUGGGCAUUGCCAUCAUGAUCUCUACCGAAAACGUCGGUGCCCGCUACUUCGGCGCCAUUUUACUUGUCAGCGGCACCUACAACGGCCUCAACUUGCAGCUAUCCUGGGAAACCACGCUGGUACCUGCCCCGCGCAGUAANAAGGCAGCGCUGAUUGCCAUUGCCAACUGUAUCAGUCAGGUUUCUCAUUGGUACUCUCCUUACUUUUUCCCUAGGAGCCAGGAACCGUUUUAUAGAUUGGGUGGUGGGCUGAUCUUGUUCGGGUGCUUGUGCACUGUACUUCAUGCGUGGGGAGUCAAGUGGAGGGCCAAGAAGUUGAACAAGAAGCUCGAUGAGGCGGAAGGUUACAGUGGGCACAGCGGUGUCGAGCGAGGCUGGAGAUAUGUGUAUUGA